AUGAGACUAACGAUCAAUAACGAGGUUACGGACGAUUUUCUGACACUGGAUGUUAGUGCUGACAUGGAGCUCAAAGAUCUGACAGCACUGCUGCAAUUGGAUUGCGGCUUCAACAGCGGAUUACACGAACUUUGGUUUGCCAACCGUGCUUUAGACCCUUUGGGAUCCGAUACUUUACAACAAACCGGCUUUGUUGACGAUGAAAUGGUGGCCAUCAGAACUAAGAAAAGAGAUACGGCAAGUGGGGUAGCCACCGCUGGAGGAACUGCCACACAAGAUGCCUUGGUGGAACAAUUUAGACAACAAGUGGCCCAAAACCCUGCUGUUCGGGCACAAUUAGCACAAUCGAACCCGGAAUUUGCCACGAUCGUAAACGAUCCUGUGGCAUUUCGUGAAAGGGCCGGACCCUACAUCUUGCAAGGCCUGAAUUCACAAGCUACGCAGUUCGGUAAUGAAUUUGGUAUACCGCAGCAUGAGUACGACCGGCUGAUGCGAAACCCAAGCGAUCCUGCUAAUCGUCAACGUCUUGACGAACUGAAAAGCCAGCAGGUAAUUGACGAACAAAUGCGCAAUGCUCUGGAGUUCACACCUGAAAUGUUCACUCCGGUGCACAUGCUCUACAUCAACCUGGAGAUCAACGGUACGCCGGUGAAAGCGUUUGUAGACUCUGGUGCUCAAACUACAAUCAUAUCGACAAAACUAGCGCAUAAGACGGGACUUUUCAAGCUGAUUGAUAAACGGUUUCAAGGCGAAGCACAUGGGGUAGGCGUUCAAAAGAUUCUGGGGAAGAUUCAUGUUGCCCAGGUCAAAAUCGAGACCCAGUACAUUCCUUGCAGCUUUACUGUACUUGAUACGCAUGUGGAUAUGCUACUGGGACUGGAUAUGUUGAAGAGACACCAGUCUUGCAUUGAUCUUCAGAACGACGUUUUGAAGAUCGCUGGCGUAGAGACGAAAUUUCUGAGCGAAGCGGAGCUACCCAAGGAUUUUGAUGCCAAAGUUCUUGGGGCCACUGCAACGGGUCAAACCAUCAAAAAGGAACAGGCUCCCGCCGUGGCCGCAAGAAACGAACAGACUCCCGUCGUGGUACAAUAUCCAGCAUCAGCGGUCCGUCAGUUGAUGGAUUUGGGGUUUUCCAGAACAGAGGUUCUUAAGGCUUUACAACAAGCCAAUGGCAACCCAGAUGUUGCCGCAGCACUACUGUUCCAGUGA